AUGUUCAAAGUAACAUCAAUAUUUUAUUAUGAUUUACAACAACAAUCAACUGAUAGUAGUUCAUCAUCAUUACCAUAUGAUAUGAAGGAAAAAACUAAAAAAUUUUCGAAUUUAUCUCUAAUGUUAACAAAAAAUGAAAUUAAACCUUUAAAUUUAUCAUUAAUUAUUAAUCGUACAACUAUUGAGUAUUAUCGACAAUAUGUUAAAAGAAAAAAUAAUGAACAAUUUAUGUAUAAUAGUAAUUUAUUUUCAUCAAAAACAACACGUUAUAUUUUACUUGUACAAGUACAUACACGUAUUGUUUACUUAAAAAAAUUUAUUGAAAUGCUACAAGCUGUUGAAACAAUAAAUCAAUCUUUAGUUAUAUUUAGUCAUGAUUUUAUUGAUUCGGAUAUCAAUGCACUUGUAACAAAUAUUACAUUUGUUCCGGUGAUACAAAUUUUUUAUCCAUAUUCACAACAACUUUAUCCAAAUGAAUUUCCUGGUCUUGAUCCAAACGAUUGUCCACGUGAUAUAGUUCGACAUAAGGCAUUAGCUAGUCGAUGUAACAAUGCACCUAAUCCAGAUAGAUAUGGACAUUAUAGAGAAGUGUCUAUUGUACAAAUUAAGCAUCAUUGGUGGUGGAAGCUCAAUUUUGUUUUUAAUUCAAUUGAAAUAUUAAAAAAUCGUACAGAUUAUUUAUUACUUCUACUUGAAGAAGAUUUUUAUUUAUCACCUGAUGCACUUGUCUUUCUUAAAAAAAUGGAAAUAGCAAAAGAACUUCUAUGUCCUGAAUGUUUAUUUUAUACAUUAGGAAAUCUUGAAAAAUCCGGUCGACAAUUUGAAAAACUUGGUUCAAAAGUAUCAAUUGCAUAUUGGCAUGCACGAUAUAAUCUUGGCAUGACAAUAUCUCAUUCAUUAUGGCUUUUACUUGUGAAAUAUGCUGAAGAAUUUUGUACUAUUGAUGAUUAUAAUUGGGAUUGGUCACUUGUUUAUUUAGCACAACAACGUUUUCAUUUUCCUCGUGUAAUAUAUUCAAGUGCGACAAGAGUUAUACAUCUUGGCUCAUGUGGUACUCAUCAUAAAAAAUUUUGCUCUAGUGAGUCUGAUAUCGCUCGUUGGACAGAAACAGAUAAAUUCUAUCAAAAUAAUCGAAAAUAUUUAUUUCCAACAACAACUGCAUCUUUACAUAUUAAAUAUGAUGGUAAACGUCCAUUUAAACAACCAAAUGGUGGAUGGUCUGAUGUACGAGAUCGACAAUUAUGUCUUUCGUUUGCAUUUAAAGAUUAUAAAAACCUAUCUCCUAUUGAUAAAAAAAACAUAGUUUAA